AUGGUAGUUCACAUUUUGGGCAAGGGUUUCAAAGGGAAAGAAGUUAUAAAAAUCGCUCUGGCGUCGAAAAUCUACGGUGUUGGCCUGAAAACGUCGGAAACGCUAUGUUCGAAAUUGGGUUUUUAUCCGUGGAUGCGCAUGCACCAGCUGUCGGAACCACAGAUCAUGAGUCUCACCAGCGAGCUCUCCAACAUGACUAUCGAGGGAAACGCGCGGGCCGUGGUAAAGGAAAACAUUGGGUUGAAGAGAAGAAUUGGUUCGUACGAAGGUAUGAGACAUGCUCUGAACCUGCCGGUGCGUGGUCAACGCACCAGGAACAAUGCCAAGACGGCCAGACGGCUGAAUCGUGUGGAUAGACGCGGGCUCCACACGGACAGUCGCGGGGGUUUGAGUAAUCAGAGAUCUGGACUAUGGAACUGGCUUUUUACCUAA